AUGAAAGGCGCCGUGCUGAAGCGCGUGCCCGGUUCCGGCGGCCGACCCACCAAGAAGAAGAAGGACAAGACCAAGCUGUACAGCUCGCCGCCCAAGGUCUUGUUCCGAGACCCCAUCGGCCAUGAGCUGCCGGCGUCGCUGCAGAACUUCCGCUGGAACGUGGACAAGGUGGAGCGCAAGCUGCAGGAGAAGAUCCAGGAGAAGACCUUGAUCGCCGGCAACUUCGUGUACCAGCAGGCGUACCGCCUGCUCGAAGGCACUCGGGGCGAAGGCAUCGACUUCCCGAGCUUCCGGGAGCAGCUCCGAAUGAAGUUUGGCAUUAUCCUGGACGACAGCGAGCUACACCUGCUGUUCGACAAGUACGACGAGGACGGCAACGGCACCAUUGACCUCCACGAGUUCAUCCGCCGCGUGCUGCCGCCCGACUACAACUACGGGCGGCAGUGGUUCGAGGUGAGCCAGCUCGAGAGCGAGCAGAAGGCUGCGCGCCUCAGGCACGAGGCCCGGCAGGAGUUCCUCGCGUGCCAGAAUCAGGCGACGACAGAGGAAGUGGACAACAUGGGAGCGGCUUCCAACUGGACCAUCGAGACGCUCAAGAAGCAGAUCCAGGCCAAAGUCGUUCAGAAGACUCCGAGUGGCGAGGACCAGUACCGCCGCGCGUUCAAGAUGCUCCGCUCUGGACGGGACCAAGGCAUCCGCAUGAACGGGCUGCAGUUCAACCUGCGGACGAAGUUCGGCAUCUACGCGAGUGACGAGCAAAUGCGGCAGCUCUUCUCCUUGUGCGACCAGGACAGCAACGGAGAGAUCGACCUGAAAGAGUUUUUGCAGUUCGUAGACCCGCCCGCAUAUCCAUCCAACAGUCGAGUGCCCGGAGGAAUCUGGACGCAGAGCGACAGUGAGGAAGAGGACGACGCUACUGACAGCAAUGGCUUGGAAGGUAUCGCUGAAGCAAGUGUCAACAGCCAGGGAUCUCGCGUUACUCCUCGUCGAGGGUCAGCGUCUUCCGUCAGCACCAAAGAGGGAGGUCCUGCGACGCCACCGACUCGAGUCAAGAAGGAGCGGCCGAGAACUGCCAACCCACGCAAGACACACAUGCUGCAGCAGAGGCGAGAGAUGGUGGAUCAGCAGAGGAUGAAGAACUCCGCGUGCAUGCCAAGCAGUACAACGCGCGGCCGUACACGCCGGAGGGCCGCGUGCUCCAACGCAGCAAGGUCUUGUCCUCCGGCUGCGUGUAGAUCAACGAGCAAGUAG